GUGGUUGCUUCCCUCUAUGGCACGGUCAUCCUCGGCUGCUCAUUUCCCUUCAUACGUGGGACGGAAGGUCUGGUAGUGGUCUGGGAGAAGAUUGGUCUGGAUGGAAAAGGAUUUAUCGCACACAAGUUCAAGAACGAUCAGGACAGUCCCACAGAUCAGAAUGUAAGCUACACAGGACGCACAGAACUGUCCAAAGAAUUCUCCAACGGAGCAGUGAACCUGACACUGCGAGAGGUCACCUUCAAUGAUGAAGGGACAUAUUACUGCCGAGCAGCCAAUAGAAGAGGCCAUGGUGACAAGAAGGUGAACUUAACCAUAAACCAUUUAAAUGCAGAUGAUUCAACAGUUACGUCAUUCACAUUGAUGGGAAGAAGCGUCUGAAAUGUAUGGAUUACUGGCGUGUUCAGGAAUCCGUGGGUCAAGUGGUACGAUGAGCAGAAGACGGAUCUGUCCCAACAUGGAACACGUAAUGUAACUGACAUCAGUAAUGGCCGGAAGAAGGUGGAGUCCGUGCUGAACAUGGAUGUGGAAACAAAUAAAGCAGUACUUCUGUGUGGUGUGGGAAGAGGGGAGACUGAAGAGGACCGCCCGAGCUGUGAUAUCAGGU